GCCAACGGCAGUACAGCAGGAGAGACAAAACCUGACAGACAUUCUACUAAACGAAAUGCGCGCCGUUAUCUGGAACAGCACCAUGGGUGACCUUCAUUCCAGGUCUACUUGGCAGCUGCAGCACGAUCUUAGCCAUAACGUGAAGACGCUUGCAGCAGCCAUCAAGAUCGCGGACUCCCAGCUGAAACAGAUGGACAACUACAUUGUUGCUAUGGAGGCAAGGCCUUCCCAAGCAGCGCCAGACUGCACGACAGACACGGCGAAGCAGCUCGGCGAGUGCAUCGACAAUGUCGUCAAUCUAAUCGGCGAACUAGGUGACUUCACCAGUCCGGCCAGGAUCAGCAGCACGGUGGCCGCCAUCAAGACGGACAUCACCAAACUGCAGCCGCAACCGACAGCAACUGCGAAGGUAUACAAGAUGCCACGCUUCAACAUCAGCAAGUUUGAUGACUAUAACAAGACUGACGCUUUGACGUGGUGGCAAGCCUUCCUCACCGAAGCGUCCUGCCACAAGGUCCCAACCGAGGACAUGAUGAAGGCGUUAUACCUCCAACUCAUUGGAGGUGCACAGGCGUGGAUGAACCACCUUAGAGUUAACAAGGAAACCACUAUCGCCGAGCUACCCAAACACCUCACGUGGGAGGAUUUUGAGCAGUUGUGGAACACCCGUUUUAUGGUCCUAAAUGUUCUGAAGGCAGCCAUGAACGAGGUCUACACUUGCUCACAAUGGAGCAUGCCAACUCGAGACUGGACGAUCAAGUGGCAGAAGAUAGUGACCACGCCCGACUUCGAUUUGAGUUUCCCAAACCAACAAUCCGAGUUCUUCUCGCGAUCGUGCGCAGGACUGCGAAUGUCACUCGACAACAAGUACGAUUAUGCCUCAUUCCAGGGUAUCCUGGAUCGUGCGAACCUGGUCAUCCAAACGGACGAUAAGGCCGCUAACGAGAAGCAGUCCCAACCGCACUAUGUGGCUAAGAAGGGCUAUCAACGACCGACACAUAACAAUGUCAUGAUUCCUGAUGAAUCGGUCGAUCUCCACGCUGCAGCAGCAUCCUCGAGUGAUGGAGGAACUGUCGCAGCGCUCCCGCCGAAGCGUCCCAAGAGAGUUCGGAAGAACAAGGCGACACAAGCGACGACAUCGACGGGAACUGGGCAGCAACCAUGGACAACAUACGAUAUAACCAAGGAAGUAUUUGACCUUCGUCAAUGCGUCCUCAUCUACCUCGAUGAAAUCUUGGUUUAUAGUAGGACGUUGGAUGAGCACGUCGUACACCUUCGCGCUGUUUUGGAUCGUUUGCGACUGGCCAAGUACAAAGCGAAUCUCGACAAGUGCGAGUUCGCCAAGCAGGAGCUUGAGUACUUGGAUCACUAUGUCACGCCGAAAGGCAUUCGUCCCUUAGCGAACAAGAUCCAAGCCAUCGUGGAUUGGACGGAACCCCGUUGCACGACGGAUGUACGCUCUUUCAUGGGUUUGGCCGGAUAUUAUCAGCGAUUCGUCGAGUCAUACUCGAAAGUGGCCGCUCCCUUGUCGAGACUUCAGUCCCCAAAGGUGCCCUUCGAGUUCGACGACGCAGCCCAUGGCACGUUCACUACGUUGAAGGCAGCAAUGCAAGCCGCACCUGCCCUCCGUAUAUACGACCCCACCCUUCCCACCCAAGUGACGACGGACGCUUCGGGAUACGGUAUUGGUGCGGUGUUGGAACAGUGUCACGAGGACGGUUGGCAUCCGGUUGAGUAUUUCUCCCAAAAGUUGCCUCUCGUCAACACUCUCGACGACGCUAGGAAGAAAGAGCUACUCGCGUUCGUCACCGUUCUCAAACGAUGGCGCCACUUUCUUCUCGGUCGUCGGCGUUUUAAAUGGAAUACGGACAACAAUCGGUUGACCUUUUAUAAAAUGCAGGAUACGGUCACUAGCAUGAUCGGUCGAUGGAUGUAUUACAUCGACCAGUUCGACUUUGACCCGUGCCACAUUCCCGGUCCCGCCAAUCGAGCUGCGGACGCCUCUCACGACGGCUCGAUUUUUGUGCCAUUGUGACCACGGCAUUCGACCUCGAUGACGAUCUGCAGCCGCAUUUCGUCAAAGGCUACAAGUCCGAUCCGACUUACUCUACGCUUUAUGCGGAG